AUGUUUAAUUCUACAUUGGGAGGAUGCCAUCCUGUACCCGGUGGUGGCAACAUCUUGUGCGUGUUACAUAAAAAGAAAUGUCCCGAAGAAAAGGGCAUAAUUCCUCAUCCAAACGAAAACCUUUACAAGCAGUAUUUAAUUUGUGAGCCUGAACAUGACGAACUGGACACUACAACAAUAGGUAUUUCAAGUGAUUCUACAGGAUCACCAGUAUCAACACCAAUAACUGAAGUAACUGAUGGAAGUCCAGUAACACAAACUGACGGGUUCCAGGAGACGACUGAAAUUACCGAGGAAAGCCAAGAAACACUAUCUACUAUCUCAAGCCAAGCAACAGCAGUAACCGAAGACACUCCAACAACUCAGUCUAAUGGAUCAACAAAACUAAUUUACAGCGAAUGUCAUCCUCCCCCAGAUAUAGAAUAUGCUACAUCAACGUUGAACGCAAUAACUGAGGUAACUGAAGAAAGUCAAGUGACACAAUCUGGCAUAACCAAACAAACAAAUGGAGAAACUCAACAAAGCCAAACAACUGAAGCAAGUCAAGCAACAGAGUCUGCAGCUUCAAAUCAGCCAACUGGAGUAACCCAAGGAAGUCAAGAAACGGGAUCUAGCGUCUCCAAACAAACAACCUCAGUAAGGCAAGAAAGUCAAGCGACAGAGUCUACCGGCUCUAAACAGACAACUGCAGGAUCUCAAGAAAGUCAAGGUACAGAGUCUGGGUUAUCUCAACAAACAACUUUAGUAACUGAACAAAGUCAAACGCCGGGUGUAACUAAAACCACCACUGCAGGUAAUACAAAUGCUACUACGAAGCCACCAUCACCAACCACAGUAACUGGGACAACAGAAGGCAAUGAAGUGACACAAUCUGGUGCUUCUCAACAGAGUACGGGAAUUACAGAAAUAAGCCAUGAAACACAAUCUGGUGGGUCCAAACAUACAACAGGAGUAACUCAAGAAAGCGAAAUAACUCAAGGAACCCAAGCAACAGAAUCUGUUGCUUCUAAACAAACAACUGAAGUAACACAAGGAAGUCAAGUCACGGAAUCUGGUGCCUCCAAACAAUCAACCUCAGCAACAGAAGAAAAUCAAGAAACAGGGUCCGCCAGUUCUAAACAAACAACUGAAGUAACUCAAAAAAGCCAAAUAACUGAAGGUAGUGAAACAACAGAGUCCGCUACUUCUAAACAUCCAACUGCAGUAACCCAAGAAAGCCAAGCAACAGAAUCUAGCGUCUCCAAACAUACAACUUCAAUAACUCAAGAAAGUCAAGCGACAGAGUCUGCAGGCUCCAAACAGACAACUGCAGUAACUCAAGAAAGUGAAAUAACUGAAGGCAGUCAAGCUACAGAAUAUGUUGGAUCCAAACAAACAACUGAAGUAACACAGGGAAGUCAAGCCACGGAAUCUGGUGCCCCCAAACAAACAACCUCAGCAACAGAGGAAAGUCAAGCAACAGGGUCCGCUGGUUCCAAACAAACAACUGAAGUAACCCAAGAAAGCCAAAUAACUGAAGGUAGUCAAGCAACAGAGUCUGCUGCUUCUAAACAUCCAACUGCAGUAACCCAAGAAAGUCAAGCAACGGAAUCUGGUGCCUCCAAACAAACAACUUCAGCAACAGAAGAAAGUCAAGCAACAGGGUCCGCUGGUUCCAAACAAAUAACUGAGGUAACUCAAGAAAGCCAAAUAACUGAGGGAAGUCGAGCAACAGAGUCUGUUGCAUCUAAACAUCCUACUGCAGUAACCCAAGAAAGUCAAGCAACGGAAUCUAGCGUCUCCAAACAAACAACCAUCGCAACUCAAGAAAGUCAAGCAACAGAGUCUGCCACCUCCAAAGAGACAACUGCAGUAACUCAAGAAAGCCAACUAACUAAGGGUAGUCAAGCAACAGAGUCUGCUGCUUCUAAACAUCCAACUGCAAUAACCCAAGAAAGUCAAGCAACGGAAUCUAGCGUCUCCAAACAAACAACCUCAGUCACUCAAGAAAGUCAAGCAACAGAGUCAGCCAGCUCCAAACAGACAACUGAGGUAACUAAAGAAAGUCAAGGUACAGAGUCUGGGUUAUCUCAACAAACAACGUUAGUAACUGAACAAAGUCAAGUAACACCAUCUACUAUAUCUAAAGAAACAAGUAAAUUUACAACAUCAGGGACUAAAGGAACUCAAUCAACACAAUCCGAUGGAACAACAAAACUAAUUUACAGUGAAUGUAAACCUCCCCCAUACAUAGAAUGUAAAGAGUCAGGACUCUUCCAUUUUGAAAAUACCUCGAACAAACAACAAACAGAGUGUCCGGGUUGUUACUAUUUAUGUAAUGAAAAUGAUCUAAACGUUUUUGAACUAACAAUAUUGUGUCCAAAGACACCCGGUGAGAUUGAAACAACCACUGUAGCCAUUACAAAUGCGUCUACGAAGCCACAAUCAUCAACCACAGGAGCUGAUAUAACAGAAGGUAGUCAAGGAACAAAAUCUGACGCGUCCAAAGUACCAACUGAAAUAACCAAGGAAAGUCAAGUAACAGAGUCUGCGGGCUCCAAACAGACAACUGCAGUAACUCAACAAAGUGAAAUAACUGAAGGAAGUCAAGCAACAGAGUCAGCUGGUUCCAAACAAACAACUGAAGUAACUCAAGAAAGCCAAAUAACUGAAGGCAGUCAAGCAACAGAGUCUGCUGCUUCUAAACAUCCAACUGCAGUAACCCAAGAAAGUCAAGCAACGGAAUCUGGUGCCUCCAAACAAACAACUUCAGCAACAGAAGAAAGUCAAGCAACAGGGUCCGCUGGUUCCAAACAAACAACUGAGGUAACUCAAGAAAGCCAAAUAACUGAGGGAAGUCGAGCAACAGAGUCUGUUGCAUCUAAACAUCCUACUGCAGUAACCCAAGAAAGUCAAGCAACGGAAUCUAGCGUCUCCAAACAAACAACCAUCGCAACUCAAGAAAGUCAAGCAACAGAGUCUGCCACCUCCAAAGAGACAACUACAGUAACUCAAGAAAGCCAACUAACUAAGGGUAGUCAAGCAACAGAGUCUGCUGCUUCUAAACAUCCAACUGCAAUAACCCAAGAAAGUCAAGCAACGGAAUCUAGCGUCUCCAAACAAACAACCUCAGCCACUCAAGAAAGUCAAGCAACAGAGUCAGCCAGCUCCAAACAGACAACUGAGGUAACUAAAGAAAGUCAAGGUACAGAGUCUGGGUUAUCUCAACAAACAACGUUAGUAACUGAACAAAGUCAAGUAACACCAUCUACUAUAUCUAAAGAAACAGGUAAAUUUACAACAUCAGGGACUAAAGGAACUCAAUCAACACAAUCCGAUGGAACAACAAAACUAAUUUACAGUGAAUGUAAACCUCCUCCACUCAUAGAAUGUAAAGAGUCAGGACUCUUCCAUUUUGAAAAUACCUCGAACAAACACCAAACAGAGUGUCCGGGUUGUUACUAUUUAUGUAAUGAAAAUGAUUUAAACGUUUUUGAACUAACAAUAUUGUGUCCAAAGACACCCGGUGAAAUUGAAACAACCACUGUAGCCAUUACAAAUGCGUCUACGAAGCCACAAUCAUCAACCACAGGAGCUGAUAUAACAGAAGGUAGUCAAGGAACAAAAUCUGACGCGUCCAAAGUACCAACUGAAAUAACCAAGGAAAGUCAAGUAACAGAGUCUGCGGGCUCCAAACAGACAACUGCAGUAACUCAACAAAGUGAAAUAACUGAAGGAAGUCGAGCAACAGAGUCAGCUGGUUCCAAACAAACAACUGAAGUAACUCAAAAAAGCCAAAUAACUGAAGGCAGUCAAGCAACAGAGUCUGCUGCUUCUAAACAUCCAACUGCAGUAACCCAAGAAAGUCAAGCAACAGGGUCAGCUGGUUCCAAACAAACAACUGAAGUAACUCAAGAAAGCCAAAUCACUGAAGGCAGUCAAGCAACAGAGUCUGCUGCUUCUAAACAUCCAACUGCAGUAACCCAAGAAAGUCAAGCAACGGAAUCUGGUGCCUCCCAACAAACAACUUCAGCAACAGAAGAAAGUCAAGCAACAGGGUCCGCUGGUUCCAAACAAACAACUGAAGUAACUCAAGAAAGCCAAAUAACUGAAGGCAGUCAAGCAACAGAGUCUGCUGCUUCUAAACAUCCAACUGCAGUCACCCAAGAAAGUCAAGCAACGGAAUCUGGUGCCUCCAAGCAAACAACUUCAGCAACAGAAGAAAGUCAAGCAACAGGGUCCGCUGGUUCCAAACAAACAACUGAAGUAACUCAAGAAAGCCAAAUAACUGAAGGCAGUCAAGCAACAGAGUCUGCUGCUUCUAAACAUCCAACUGCAGUAACUCAAGAAAGUCGAGCAACGGAAUCUGGUGCCUCCAAGCAAACAACUUCAGCAACAGAAGAAAGUCAAGCAACAGGGUCCGCUGGUUCCAAACAAACAACUGAAGUAACUCAAGAAAGCCAAAUAACUGAAGGCAGUCAAGCAACAGAGUCUGCUGCUUCUAAACAUCCAACUGCAGUAACCCAAGAAAGUCAAGCAACGGAAUCUGGUGCCUCCAAGCAAACAACUUCAGCAACAGAAGAAAGUCAAACAACAGGGUCCGCUGGUUCCAAACAAACAACUGAAGUAACUCAAGAAAGCCAAAUAACUGAAGGCAGUCAAGCAACAGAGUCUGCUGCUUCUAAACAUCCAACUGCAGUCACCCAAGAAAGUCAAGCAACGGAAUCUGGUGCCUCCAAGCAAACAACUUCAGCAACAGAAGAAAGUCAAGCAACAGGGUCCGCUGGUUCCAAACAAACAACUGAAGUAACUCAAGAAAGCCAAAUAACUGAAGGCAGUCAAGCAACAGAGUCUGCUGCUUCUAAACAUCCAACUGCAGUAACCCAAGAAAGUCGAGCAACGGAAUCUGGUGCCUCCAAUCAAACAACUUCAGCAACAGAAGAAAGUCAAGCAACAGGGUCCGCUGGUUCCAAACAAACAACUGAAGUAACUCAAGAAAGCCAAAUAACUGAAGGCAGUCAAGCAACAGAGUCUGCUGCUUCUAAACAUCCAACUGCAGUAACCCAAGAAAGUCAAGCAACGGAAUCUGGUGCCUCCAAGCAAACAACUUCAGCAACAGAAAAAAGUCAAGCAACAGGGUCCGCUGGUUCCAAACAAACAACUGAAGUAACUCAAGAAAACCAAAUAACUGAAGGCAGUCAAGCAACAGAGUCUGCUGCUUCUAAACAUCCAACUGCAGCAACCCAAGAAAGUCAAGCAACGGAAUCUGGUGCCUCCAAACAAACAACUUCAGCAACAGAAGAAAGUCAAGCAACAGGGUCCGCUGGUUCCAAACAAACAACUGAAGUAACUCAAGAAAACCAAAUAACUGAAGGCAGUCAAGCAACAGAGUCUGCUGCUUCUAAACAUCCAACUGCAGUAACCCAAGAAAGUCAAGCAACGGAAUCUAGCGUCUCCAAACAAACAACCUCAGCAACAGAGGAAAGUCAAGCAACAGGGUCUGCUGGUUCCAAACAAACAACUAAAGUAACUCAAGAAAGCCAAAUAACUGAAGGUAAUCAAGCAACAGAGUCUGCUGCUUCUAAACAUCCAACUGCAGCAACCCAAGAAAGUCAAGCAACGGAAUCUGGUGCCUCCAAACAAACAACUUCAGCAACAGAAAAAAGUCGAGCAACAGGGUCCGCUGGUUCCAAACAAACAACUGAAGUAACUCAAGAAAGCCAAAUAACUAAAGGCAGUCAAGCAACAGAGUCUGCUGCUUCUAAACAUCCAACUGCAGUAACCCAAGAAAGUCAAGCAACGGAAUCUAGCGUCUCCAAACAAACAACCUCAGCAACAGAGGAAAGUCAAGCAACAGGGUCCGCUGGUUCCAAACAAACAACUGAGGUAACUCAAGAAAGCCAAAUAACUGAGGGAAGUCGAGCAACAGAGUCUGUUGCAUCUAAACAUCCUACUGCAGUAACCCAAGAAAGUCAAGCAACGGAAUCUAGCGUCUCCAAACAGACAACCUCAGUCACUCAAAAAAGUCAAGCAACAGAGUCAGCCAGCUCCAAACAGACAACCGAGGUAACUAAAGAAAGUCAAGGUACAGAGUCUGGGUUAUCUCAACAAACAACGUUAGUAACUGAACAAAGUCAAGUAACACCAUCUACUAUAUCUAAAGAAACAAGUAAAUUUACAACAUCAGGGACUAAAGGAACUCAAUCAACACAAUCCGAUGGAACAACAAAACUAAUUUACAGUGAAUGUAAACCUCCCCCAUACAUAGAAUGUAAAGAGUCAGGACUCUUCCAUUUUGAAAAUACCUCGAACAAACACCAAACAGAGUGUCCGGGUUGUUACUAUUUAUGUAAUGAAAAUGAUCUAAACGUUUUUGAACUAACAAUAUUGUGUCCAAAGACACCCGGUGAGAUUGAAACAACCACUGUAGCCAUUACAAAUGCGUCUACGAAGCCACAAUCAUCAACCACAGGAGCUGAUAUAACAGAAGGUAGUCAAGGAACAAAAUCUGACGUGUCCAAAGUACCAACUGAAAUAACCAAGGAAAGUCAAGUAACAGAGUCUGCGGGCUCCAAACAGACAACUGCAGUAACUCAACAAAGUGAAAUAACUGAAGGAAGUCAAGCAACAGAGUCAGCUGGUUCCAAACAAACAACUGAAGUAACUCAAGAAAGCCAAAUAACUGAAGGUAGUCGAGCAACAGAGUCUGCUGCUUCUAAACAUCCAACUGUAGUAACCCAAGAAAGCCAAGCAACGGAAUCUAGCGUCUCUAAACAAACAACCUCAGUUACUCAAGAAAGUCAAGCACCAGGGUCCGCUGGUUCCAAACAAACAACUGUAGUAACCCAAAAAAGUCAAGGUACAGAGUCGGGGUUAUCUCAACAAACAACGUUAGUAACUGAAGAAAGUCAAGGAACACCAACAAAUGCGUCAUCAACCACAGUAGCUGAAAUAACGGAAGGUAGUCAAGGAACAAAAUCAGACGUGUCCAAAAUAUCAACUGAAAUAACCAAGGAAAGUCAAGUAACAGAGUCUGCCAGCUCCAAACAGACAACUGCAGUAACUCAAGAAAGUGAAAUAACUGAAGCAAGUCAAGCAACAGAGUCUACUGCUUCUAAACAUCCAACAGCAGUAACCCAAGAAAGUCAAGCAACGGAAUCUAACAUUGCCAAACAAACAACCUCAAUUACUCAAGAAAGUCAUGCAACAGGGUCCGCUGGUUCCAAACAAACAACUGAAGUCACUCAAGAAAGCCAAAUAACUAAAGGAAGUCAAGCAACAGAGUCUGCUGCUUCUAAACAUCCAACAGCAGUAACCCAGGAAAGCCAAAUAACUGAAGGAAGCCAAGCAACAGAGUCUGCUGCUUCUAAACAUCCAACUGCAGUAACCCAAGAAAGUCAAGCAACGGAAUCUAACAUCUCCAAACAAACAACCUCAGUUACUCAAGAAAGUCAAGCAACAGGGUCCGCUGGUUCCCAACAAACAACUGCAGUAACUCAAGAAACUCAAGGUACAGAGUCGGGGUUAUCUCAACAAACAACGUUAGUAACUGAACAAAGUCAAGUAACACCAACAAAUUCGUCUACGAAGCCACCAUCAUCAACCACAGUAGCUGAAAUAACGGAAGGUAGUCAAGGAACAAAAUCAGACGUGUCCAAUAUAUCAACUGAAAUAACCAAGGAAAGUCAAGUAACAGAGUCUGUCAGCUCCAAACAGACAACUGCAGUAACUCAAGAAAGUGAAAUAACUGAAGCAAGUCAAGCAACAGAGUCUACUGCUUCUAAACAUCCAACAGCAGUAACCCAAGAAAGUCAAGCAACGGAAUCUAAUAUCUCCAAACAAACAACCUCAGUCACUCAAGAAAGUCAUGCAACAGGGUCCGCUGGUUCCAAACAAACAACUGAAGUAACUCAAGAAAGUCAAAUAACUGAAGGAAGUCAAGCAACAGAGUCUGCUGCUUCUAAACAUCCAACAGCAGUAACCCAAGAAAGUCAAGCAACGGAAUCUAACAUCUCCAAACAAACAACCUCAGUCACACAAGAAAGUCAUGCAACAGAGUCUGCUGCUUCUAAAUAUCCAACAGCAGUAACUCAAGAAAGCCAAAUAACUGAAGGAAGUCAAGCAACAGAGUCUGUUGCUUCUAAACAUCCAACUGCAGUAACCCAAGAAAGUCAUGCAACGGAACCUAAUAUCUCCAAACAAACAACCUCAGUUACUCAAGAAAGUCAAGCAACAGAGUCUGCCGGCUCCAAACAGACAACUGCAGUAACUCAAGAAAGUGAAAUAACUGAAGCAAGUCAAGCAACAGAGUCUGCUGCUUCUAAACAUCCAACUGCAGUAACCCAAGAAAGCCAAGCAACGGAAUCUAGCAUCUCUAAACAAACAACCUUAGUUACUCAAGAAAGUCAAGCAACAGGGUCCGCUGGUUCGCAACAAACAACUGCAGUAACUCAAGAAAGUCAAGGUACAGAGUCGGGGUUAUCUCAACAAACAACGUUAGUAACUGAACAAAGUCAAGUAACACCAACAAAUGCGUCUACGAAGCCACCAUCAUCAACCACAGUAGCUGAAAUAACAGAAGGUAGUCAAGGAACAAAAUCUGACGUGUCCAAAAUAUCAUCUGAAAUAACCAAGGAAAGUCAAGCAACAGGGUCCGCUGGUUCCAAACAAACAACUGCAGUAACUCAAGAAAGUGAAAUAACUCAAGGAAGUCAAGCAACAGAGUCUGUUGCAUCUAAACAUCCUACUGCAGUAACCCAAGAAAGUCAAGCAACGGAAUCUAGCGUCUCCAAACAAACAACCUCAGUCACUCAAGAAAGUCAAGCAACAGAGUCAGCCAGCUCCAAACAGACAACCGAGGUAACUAAAGAAAGUCAGGGUACAGAGUCUGGGAUAUCUCAACAAACAACGUUAGUAACUGAACAAAGUCAAGUAACACCAUCUACUAUAUCUAAAGAAACAAGUAAAAUAACAACAUCAGGGACUAAAGGAACUCAAUCAACACAAUCCGAUGCAACAACAAAACUAAUUUACAGUGAAUGUAAACCUCCCCCACACAUAGAAUGUAAAGAGUCAGGACUCUUCCAUUUUGAAAAUACCUCGAACAAACACCAAACAGAGUGUCCAGGUUGUUACUAUUUAUGUAAUGAGAAUGAUUUAAACGUUUUUGAACUAACAAUAUUGUGUCCAAAGACACCCGGUGAAAUUGAAACAACCACUGUAGCUAUUACAAAUGCGUCUACGAAGCCACCAUCAUCAACCACAGGAGCUGAAAUAACAGAAGGUAGUCAAGGGACAAAAUCUGACGUGUCCAAAGUAUCAACUGAAAUAACCAAGGAAAGUCAAGUAACAGAGUCUACUGCAUCAAAACAAACAGAUGAAAUAACUCAACAAACCGAUAUAUCCCAAACUGCUCCUGCCCAAGUGAAAGAAACCACAACCAGAGCCCCUUCGGUCACUUCCAAAGUCACUAAAACAACGAAGGCCGCUUGCAAAUUUAGUAAUGCCAAAGAAAACCAAUGUUCAAAAGAAGGAUUCUUUCGACACAAUAAUUCUUGCAUACAUUAUUACGAAUGUUACAUUCCUAUUGGAUGUGAUUUUUUGGUCCAAUCCAACAUUCAUACAUGUCCAGGCUGCUUGAAAUUCAACCAGAAGAAAAUGAGGUGUGAUCUACCAGAAAACGUUCCUGAAUGUACCUAUCACAAAAGGACUAAAGAACAGAAAAAAUUGAAAGAACCAAUCGAAUGUACUGGUCCUGGUCUCUUUGCCAAUCCCGACGAACCUAAACAGUAUUUCGAAUGUAAAGAAGAGAACAACGUGUUUAAGCUGUACACCAGACAUUGCCUGCAUAAGCACACAUUUAAUGAAAUUCUAAAAAUGUGUGACGAAAAGUUUAUCGAAAUAGUAAAAAUAGAAGAAAAAUGUCAACCCAAUAAUUAUGCACCUGAUCACCAUGAUUGCCAACGUUUUUACCACUGUCAUAACGGAGAACCAAAAACACCUUUAUACUGUCCAAGAGGAUACAUAUUUACUGGAAACCAAUGUGAACAUGAGGACAACACGGCGUUCUGCGAUUGGGAAUUAAUUAAAUUGGAAAUGAGAAAAUCCAGACAGUAAUAUUACUUAUUAAUAAUUUUGCAAAUAAUUAAACUCACUUUUAUAUACACAUUAUUAUUAUUACAUAUAUGUAUAUUAUUUUUGUUUUAUAUAAAUAAUAAGUUCUCCAAUGUAUGUAAAAUUAAUCAGGACAACAAUAAAAUUGUAUACUAGUUAA